GCCCGCAAGAUCUGCGAAUCUGCUUGCAAGUCGUGACGCCAUGAAUUUGGAAGGUCGGCAGUCUUUGACUCUGUCCAGCCGGCUGACAGCACACGUACACCACGCGAAGGUGCCUUGUCACAGGGCUUGUGACAAUGCAAAUGGCGCAGCGAGGAAGCAAGCAGGAUUGGGGCCUGGGCCGCAUUCGCAUUUGUAGGAUACGUACUGGCAGUGGUUGCUUUAGAACCGUUGAACCGUUGCUCGAGACUGCCCUGAUUGUGAAUCGGAGUUGACUUCCAUUCUGUGAAGGUACGUGGUCCACUCCAAGUUGGGAGAGAGGUGGAGCAAUAAGGUUUUUGCUAUCGUGGGACCCCUUGUGAGAGAGGGCUGGAGGUGCAUUUAGUUUUGAUAGCAUGGCUGGAUGUAUUUAAACAGGGUUUGUUUCAGCCUUUUCAGGCUUUCAGAAGUGGUGUUGGGCAGCUCGUCAGCUCAGACAUUGUAAACCCUUGCAAUGGGGAAGGGUGCAGACGGGGUGGGCCUCUUGGCACCUCUGAUCUGGCAGGAGGACAAGAUCCAGCCAAUCGUGGGAGCAAUCCCCCAUGAAGCUGGAUUGGUGCCAACUAGGAGAGGGGAGAGAAAACCAGUGGUGGCAAAGCGGGAUGUCAUCUCGGUGGAGGAGCUGGAAAGGCACUGCACCGCAUCGGACUGCUGGAUUGCAAUCGAGGGGCAGGUUUAUGAGGCCACCGAAUGGUUGAAGCUCCACCCAGGAGGAGACAUCUGCAUUUUGAACAUGGCUGGCCAGGACGCCACCGAUGCCUUCAGGGCGUUCCACAAGCCUAUGGUCUCCAAGUUCCACCUGCCGCGGUUCCACGUCGGUCCGCUCGCCGCCGCCGCCCCCCCCUCCAAGAUGCUCCAGGAAUACAGGCAGCUGGCCAAAGACCUCGAGUCAUCCGAGCUCUUCCAGACCCGCCCCUCCUUCUACCUCUCCAAGGCGCUCGUCAUCGCGGCCCUCUUCGCUCUAGUUGUCGCUGGCGUCACGCUGACGUCAUCGCCUUGGGUGCACCUCGCGAGCGGGCUCCUCCUGGGGUUGUUCUGGCAGCAGUGCGCGUUUGUGGGGCACGACACGGGGCAUCUCAGCAUCACGCGCACGCGCUCGCUCGACAAUCUGAUUGGCUUGUUUGUGGGGAACGUGUGCACUGGGAUUGGGAUCCUGUGGUGGAAGCGCACCCACAAUGUGCACCACAUCGCGUGCAACAACGUGCAGUACGACCCCGACAUCCAGCACAUCCCGCUCUUUGCGGUCUCGGAAAAGUACUUCGCCUCACUCUACUCGUUCUACCACAAGCGCCAGAUGAACUUUGACCGUGCCGCGCGCGUACUCGUCAGCUACCAGCACUGGACCUUCUACCCGAUCAUGGCUGUGGCCAGGUGGAAUCUGUGGGCGCAAACAUGGAUCCUUCUGCUGUCGGGGCCCCACACGCCCGACAAAACCGCAGAAAUUGCGGCGCUCAUGGUCUUCUACGGGUGGCUCGCAAGUCUCAUGUCCUUCAUCCCGAGCUGGCCCGUGCGCAUCGGUUUUCUCUGCGCGGCGGUCGCCCUGUCCGGUAUCCUUCAUGUCCAGAUCUGUCUGAGCCACUUCCCGAUGCCCGUCUAUGACGGCCACGUGGCAACCAAGGACUACGUCCAGAUGCAGCUGGACGGGACGAUGGACAUUGACUGCCCAACCUGGUUGGACUGGUUCCACGGGGGGCUCCAGUUCCAGGUGGAGCACCACCUGUUCCCGCGCCUGCCCCGCCACAACCUGCGCCGGGUCAAGGGGACCCUCCGCGCGUUCUGCAAGAAGCACGGCCUGCGCUACACCUCCGUUCCCUUCUGGGAGGCAAACCGGUUGAUCAUUAAGUGCCUGAGGCAGCACGCCCUUGAGGCACGUGAUUUGAGCAAACCCCUCCCGCCCGCAAACGAAAGCUUGCUUUGGGACGCCCUGAAUGCUCAGGGCUAGGCAUAGGUCUAGAGCACGGGGGAACAAGCCAUCCCUUUCGCAUAUUGUACUGUGGUUAGAUAUCGAGGUCUAGAGACUAGAGCACUUGGGAAGCUUGGGCCGUACGAGUUGGCUGGUGGGGCUAAGUUCAGUUCCGAGGGGGAAUUGCUGCCGUCAAAGCUCUCAGUCAGUAUUGAGGCAAGGUGCAUGUGGCUCAUGAGAGUUGCAUUGCUGCGAAUCGUAAUGAUUGGACAGUCGUCACAUUUAUGUGCUUUUGCGGGUGCUAGUACUCCCCAAGAUGAAGGUUGUAGCGAUGCGCAAUUUGGGUUUGUUGAGAGUAGAAAUUGUUCGAGGCUCAGCAAGUGAGCUGGAGGAAUUGAGCACUUUCAGGCCGCACCGCAUUCGUCGACGUAUGCUAAAGUUGUUUGACUUCGUUGCCAAUUGACAUUGUCGGAUCGACGAUCCAGGUCCCCCGUACCCUUUGUAGGACUUCAACUUGAUUCAUUAUUGAGCUUGAUAACUGACCCAUGCAAUUGUUACAGUCCGUCUUUUUGAAACUUUCAGGUGAAUGCAUUACUU